GAUAAACAGGGAGAGCACAAGAAGCACGAGACAAGACCAGACUCUUCCUCGAAAGGAAAAGGAAAAGAGCCUCCCUCACGCGAAAGAAGAAGAGGAAGAGGAGGAAGAAGAAGAGGAAAGGGAGCGAGAGAUAGAGAGAGAGCAAAGGCAAGCCAAGCCAAACCCAAAAGGAAGAGCCACCACCCACCAUUAUCAUCUUUCUCUCUCCGUCUCUGUGAUUCGAUUCCCUCUCUCUCUCUCUCUCUCUCCCUCCCUCUUCUGUGAAAACGAAGUCAGAAAAAAGGAGGGGGGAGAAAAAAGAAAGGAACUUGGGAGCGACGGUGGUGUUGGUGGCGGUGUUGGUGGAUUAUCUGCAGAAAUUUAUUCAUCCGUUUCUUGAUUCCCUCGCGUCUCGAGUACGAAAGUCUUGAAGAUUCCGCCAUGUCCUGACCGCAUCCUCAUCGUCCUCACCCUCUUCGUUUUCUCUCGUCUUUCCGCCUCCCUUCGUCACUCGUCAAUGGCCGUUCAAGCUCAGUACCCUUCCAAUAUCCUCUUCCUUAACAGGAACAUGCAAGAAGGGCGGGAUCACUCGGUGCAGGCACACCCAGGAGGAUAUCUCGAUCAAUCCAACGCUCUAUUCAACAAUGGAGGAAGCAACAACCCGCGCAAGAGAGGAAGAGAAGCUGCGAUUUCCCCAGACAAUACAUCAUCGUUUGUGGACCUAUACACUCUGCAACCUCAGCCUCAACCUCAGCCUCAGCUUGUAGACCUCGCUCAACUUCAUAACCAGCACUCAGCGAAUGCAGUGUCCAUCGGCCUCCGGUUAUCUCCCUGCGACCUGCAAAAUCAGCGUCUCUAUCACCGAUCGGCUACUCCGAGCCCGAGCCCGAGCCCGAGUCCCAGCCCUCCGUCGUCGCUUUUCUCCAAUGAUUUCGCUUCCCUAAUCAAGCAACAAAGAGAAGAGAUAGACCAAUUCCUUCAAGCGCAGGGAGAGCAGUUACGGCGCACGUUAGCCGAGAAAAGGCGGAGGCAAUACCGCGCCCUGCUCGUCGCGGCGGAGGAAUCCGUCGCCCGGAGGCUGCGGGAGAAGGACACGGAGGCCGAGAAGGCCUCGCGCCGCAACGCCGAGCUGGCCACGCGCGCCGCCCAGCUCGGGGUGGAGGCCCGAGCCUGGGAGGCCAAAGCCAGGGCUCAGGAAGCCGCAGUGGCGUCCCUGCAGGCGCAGCUGGAGCAAGCGCAGGCGAUGAUGAGCGGGCGAGAUCGGAGGUCGGAGAACGCCGGUGAGGCCGGACAGGAGGCGCAGGCGGAGGACGCGGAGUCGGUGUACGCGGACCCGGAGAGGGCCGUCGGGUCGGGCCCGGGUUGCAGGGCGUGCGGCGAGCGGGUGGCGACGGUGGUGCUGUUGCCGUGUCGGCAUUUCUGCGUGUGCGCCGAGUGCGACAAGGUGGUUGGGGCGUGCCCCGUGUGCUUCUGCAUGAGGGGUUCGAGCGUGGAAGUGUUCCUUUCCUAAAGGGCCCAAGAUCGAGGCCCAAUAUCAGGCCCAUUACGAGGCCCAACGUCAUGGACACGACAGUCCGCGGUAAAACAGUGGCAGAGACCUCGGAGAACC